AUGACGGUAUGCAACCAAUCCAGUAAUAAACAAAACCUCAAGACGGACUCAACAUUUCCCCCCAAUCUCUACAAUAAUUAUUACGAGCCCGGCCUUUUACUGCGUAUGCAGGUACAACCCACAGUUCAGCACGCCACAAGCAAGGCCCCCGAUGCAGGCCGAGGUUCUAGUGGGAUUCUCAUGCACGGUCAGUGGAGGGCCGUGCAGGGACCGUGCCGUCCUCGCAUGAAGGGGGCGGGUGGGAUGCAGGGCACCGUGUUGGCUGUAUUUGAAGUGCUUAUCGGUUAUUCUUAG